GCAAUUUAGAGUAUUUCGGCAAUUAUAUAUUGCCUGAUUUGCAACUUAAAGAGAUCGAACCAUUCAAAUUUGAAUAUACUUUUAUUUUUCAUAUUUUUCAUAUAUAUUUAUACUACACUUUCUUUUCCAAAUUUUCAAUUAAAUCAUCUUAAAAUGUCAGACGAAACAGAAAUGUCAUUCCAAGAGAUUCCAAUAAUCGAUUUAAAACUUGCAACAGAUCCAGCAACCAAACCUAAGUUCUUACAGGACUUGAGACAUGCUAUUAUUGAAGUUGGAUUUUUACUUUUGAAAAAUUAUGAAAUAUAUGGACCUGAACAAGAAGACCUAGAACAAAUUAAAGGUGAAACAUAUAAAUUUUUUGAUUUACCAAAUGAAAUUAAAUUAGGAUGUGAAAUGAUUAAUUCUCCUCAUUUCUUAGGUUAUUCAAGAUUAGCUAAUGAGAUCACAGCUAGUCAUACUGAUUGGAGAGAACAAAUUGAUUUGGCUACUGAAUUACCAGCCCCAGGUAAAGAUGAACCACUUUAUAGAAAUAUUGAAGGUCCAAAUUUAUGGCCAAAGGAAGAAGCUAUCCCUAAUUUCAAGCCCACCGUUACAAGUUUCAUUUCUAAGAUGAGUGAAUUAAGUAAACAAUUUAGAUAUUUGGUUGUAGAAGCUAUUGGCUUAGACAAGCAUGCAUUGGAUAUAUAUUUUAAACCAAAUCAACAAUGUAAAAUGAAAUUAGUUGCUUACCCAGAUUCAACUGAAUUAACCAAUAAUAACGUCAAGUCAGUUGCAUUAAGUGAUACUCCACAGACUCAACAAGGUGUUGGUCCACAUCGUGACUCUGACAUUCUUACUUAUAUUUAUCAAGUUACAGAUCAUCAAGAUUCAUUACAAGUUCAGAAUUUCCAAGGAGAUUGGAUAACAGUUCCAAAUAUUCCCCAAACAUUAGUUGUUAAUGUUGGUCAGACAUUGGAAGCCAUCACGCAAGGUGUUUGUAAAGCUACUAUUCAUCGUGUUCUCAUUCCUCAACCUGGAACUGGAACUAGAAUUUCCAUUCCAUUUUUCCAAACCAUUGAUCUCGAUAGUCAUAAAUCUAUUGUAGAAGGUAUACCAAAGGAUGUUAUUGAUUUAAAGAAUAAGAGAGAUAAAAGAAUUGAGAAAUGGGGAGUUGAUGUUGGAUUCCAAUAUCAACCAGAUAUUAGUAAACAUCCAGUAGGUUACGCUGUGUUUAGAAACAGAAUUAAAUCCCAUCAAGAUGUUGCUAAUAGAUGGUAUCCUGAAAUCUUAAAAUCCGUUUUACAAGAAUAUAAGGAUUAAUAAAUUAUCUUUGAUAAUGUUAAACUUGUGUAUAGAAUUUUUAAUGAACAAUAUUAUUUAAAAGUCAUUACUGAUUUGUAAGAUUAAGGUUAGAAAAAGAUUGCCUGCAAAUGUCUGGACCAUAUGAUGCGAAAAAGCUGGGGGAGAAAAUAUUAAUUUAUUUAUUUUUUCUUUUUAUUUUUGAUGAUGAAAUUGUAUGACGAAAGGAUGAAUUUCAAACUUUAACACAAAAUCGUUA